UUUUGCCGGUCACCCGGUCAUCUAAUCGUAAGCUAUAUGUAAGCUCUCUCUCCCUUUGAAUCUGCCAUUGCCAGUGCCAUUGCCGAACAACCUGUCUUUCCCACAUUUUUGGUUGUGAACCUUUUUAGUUCCAUAAUAUUGGACUUCAUCGUUUCGGGAUGGGCAGGGUAAAGCUAAAGAUAAAGAGGCUUGAGAACACCAAUGGCCGCCAGGCAACAUAUGCUAAAAGGAAAAAUGGAAUCAUAAAAAAAGCAUCUGAGUUAUCUAUACUAUGUGAUAUAGAUAUUAUACUUCUCAUGUUCUCACCAAGUGGAAAGCCUUCGAUAUGCAGGGGGAGGCACAGCAACUUAGAGGAAGUUAUUGCAAAGUUCGCUCAACUAACUCCACAGGAAAGGGCAAAAAGGAAGUUGGAGAGCCUCGAAGCACUGAAGAAAACCUUUAAGAAGUUAGACCAUGAUGUAAAUAUACAAGAAUUUAUGGGUACAAGUAGUCAAAGAAUUGAGGAUGUAAGUAAUCAUGCCAGGUUAUUACAGAAUCAAAUUUCUGAAAUCCAAAAGAGAUUAAGUAAUUGGACUGAGAUUGAUAAAAUAAGCAGUGUAUAUCAGUUGGGACAGAUGGAAAAUUCAGUCCGGGAGUCACUUAAGCAAAUUCAAACCCAUAAGGAAAAUAUAAAAAAGCAACAACAACUGGUGACCCUACAAUGCAAUAGCCAGUUCAAUGAAAUGAGUAAUCCCUUCAGAAUGAGUGUAGACCAGCAUCUCCAACCUCUCUCGUGGAUUGCUAAUGGAGACAGCCAAAAUAUAGUUUUACCCGAGGACUCAAACUUGUUUCUCUACAAAGAUGUAGAGGGAUCUGCAAGUUCAUCAUUUGGGAGUUAUGCGAGUUAUCUCGGCUCAAGUAGCAAACUUGAGAUUUCUACCUCCGGGCAAGAAAAUUGUGUCCUCAUUGACAUGAGUAGUACUGCUCCUCUUAGACUACAAUUGAGUGGGCAGAUUCCGUACCUGCCUUACAAUUUCAAUUUAUUGAAUAAUUUGAAGUUGCAACCAACUGCAGCAGAGAUCAACCCGCAUAAAAACCCUGUAGAUUAUCAUGUGGAUGGAAGCUUUGAAGACCCUAGACCUGGUUAUGAUUCUAACCAGCAUGGAUGGGCUUCUACAUCAGGGCCUUGUGCUGUUACUAUGUUUGAUGAGCAUUUGUACGCCCAGGCAAGUUUCAAUAAAGUGCAUUUUGGCUUCACGUAGCACCCCACCUUUAUUAUUUUCUUUUUUUCUUUUUCUGCUAUUCCUGUUGAGUGACUUCCUUGUGUAUAGCUGCCCUUUCUGAUACCCUAACACUAGUCACUUAUGAGAGAGAGAGAGAGAGAGAGAAAGAAAUUGUAAUGCUUCCCAUUCCCAAGAUAAAAAAGGCUUUCUUGUUUUAUAGCUUUCCAUUAGACUAUUGUGGAGCAUUUACCUCACAAGUUUGAGGUUUUGUAAUAUUCAAGUCUACAUGGAGUAAUACGCAAUGCAAAAUGUUUUUUCUAAA